UCCUCUGUAAAUUCAUUUUGUUGUCUGCAGAUAGAUGUUCCCGCAGCCCCGCCAUGGCGCUGCUAACGGCUCUGCUCGCCUUCGUGUAUCACUUGCCACAGGUGUACAAGUGGCUGCUCAAGCCGUACUACCUGGCCUCCACUCUCCUGGCUCUGCUCUUCGUGCUGGUGCGCAAGUGCCCCGGGGUGUGCGAGAAGCUGCCCUCGCAACGGGAGGACGGGAAUUCGUGCGACUUCGACUGGAGAGAAGUGGAGAUUCUGAUGUUUCUCAGCGCCAUCGUCAUGAUGAAGAACCGUCGUGCGAUCACAGUGGAGCAGCAUCUUGGGAAUAUCUUCCUGUUCAGUAAAGUGGCCAGUGUGAUUCUCUUCUUCAGACUGGACAUCAGAAUGGGGCUCCUGUACCUGACUCUGUGCAUCGUGUUUUUAAUGACCUGUAAACCUCCUCUCUACAUGGGACCGGAAUACGUGAAAUAUUUCAACGACAAAACAAUAGGUGAGUAUCAGCUGCAAGAGUAUGUUGAAUUCUUCGCAGAAGACAGACAGACCGACAGACAGUCCUUCGCAUCCGUCUACGCAGAUCUGUCCCUCAAGUAUAAUUGCGAGGGACUGAAGUUUGGGAAGGUCGAUGUUGGUCGAUACGGAGAAGUCUGUAAGAAGUACAAAGUCAGCACUUCCCCAUUGACCAAACAGCUGCCCUCCCUCAUCCUGUUCCAAGGGGGCAGGGAGGUGCAGAGGAGACCCCAAAUCGACAAGAAGGGGCGCGCCGUGUCCUGGAAAUUCUCAGAGGAGAACAUCAUCCGCGAGUUCAACUUGAACGAACUUUAUCAAAAACACAAAAAGCUUUCGAAAAACAAGCAGCAGGGACCCGAGACGCAGUUCGAGAAAAUCCCAGAAGAGGGAGCAACUGAGCCAGAGAACCCCGAGGAGGAGGCGGAGACUGAGACCAAGAAAGACAAAUAGAAACCCCGCCCCACGCAGGCCUGUGUGACCAGACAAUGGGGCUGGGCGUGGCUAUGCAAAUACGCUGGGAACAGAAGAAAAAAGGGGGUGGGGCAUUCUAAUGAGCUUGCAAGGUUGUGCUUCAAAAACUCUUGUGUUGAAAAUGUCCAAAAUGCAUCAUUCGAGAGUCUAGUGAUAAUUUAAAUCUAUUAAGUUAUUAGUUUAUAUAUAUAUAUAUAUAUAUAAGUUAUAAAUUUGUUUUUUUUUAGUAUUUUGGUGUUUUAAAAACAAGCAUUUUUGUACAGUCGUGGAGUGUCAUUGGUAAAACUAAGGAGGUAUCAAAAAGGCUGCUGUUUUAGGAUCUGGUGCCCGUGUGUGAGUGAGAGAGAGAGAGUGUGUGUGUGAUUUUAGUAUAGGCAGUUCACCCACAACUUAAACAAAACUACUUAGAACCCUGCCCCAAACCAGAAGAAACUAGACAUCUGGUUAAUUAACUGUUGUUGCUGUGCCAGCUUCCCUCCUUCCUCCCAGUCCCUGCUCAGCUCUAACCACUAGAGCCAGCCUCCCUCCCUCCCAGUCCCUGCUCAGCUCUAAC